CUCGCCAUUGCUCCUGGCCAGCUUCAUUUUCACUGCGGCAGCUAAUUGAAUAUCGCACUGGGCUGUGUACUCGUGCCUUUCUCAGCCUCAACCGUCCACGAAGCCUCGCCUUCAUCGGAAGCAGGGCGGCCUUUGCCCUUUUGCAUUUCGGUUCUCGUUCCUCGGUUCUCGCUCCCACCUGGAUCAUCUGUCCAUCUCAAACAUGUCAUCGAUGGCCGUCUACAUUCCCCCCUCUGUUGCUGAGGGGAGGACAAUGGGCGCUUAUUACUUCCUUCAACGACAUAACUCCCAGUCACUUCCUGAUCCAGUCGGUCUUCUGGCCACAGAGUUGGCAAGCAAGUCGUUCGAGGUCCUGCUCAGAUCCCAAGAUACUUCCCCCUCUUGCUUAUUAUAUCGCCUAAUAGCACUGGCUUCAGCCAAUCUUCUGGUGCUGUUUAUACAGCUUAGGCUAAGUCAUCCUGCAAAGUCAUGUCCAAAGCCAUGCCAUGCUCGUAAGUCCGGGUGCUGUCCCUGCUCUUGUUCCAUGCUGGUUCCCUUUCGGAUUCCCUCCCCGGAGUCGCGACGCCAUCUGCGUCCAUGUUCAUCUGCACCCCGCAUUAUCGCAUCCUCACCCCCCCAGAGCCCCUGGCCAGAUCGCAACCGUGCGGAGCAGCACAUCCUCCACCACAGCCUCCACUUCUGCCUCCACCCUUGCCGCCGACUUCACCAGGGUCCCCAUCCAUCGUCGCCGCUACCUGCAACUCAAUACUGCUGUUGUUCUUCCUAACAUCCCCGCCCCCGCUACAACUUUCCCCGCAUCCAACACCUCAAGGUCGUCAAUCAGCCAAGCGAGACACAACUCCAUCCAACCAUUCUAGCUCCAUCAAGGUAUGGCGAUUAGAAGGGCAAUACUGGUGCCAUGGCCCUUUUGAUAUUCAUGAUUCCAACGGGGGCUAGGUAUGGUAAAGAGCAAUAACGGAAACGAGGGUAGCGGUGAACCAGCGACAACCCGAGUUCCGGGAAAUCAACAAGUCUCUUUGGCAAACCAACCGAAGGUGUUACUCU